GAUGAAUAACUUCCUUCUGAUGUCUCCCAGCACCGAUGUCCGUCCUCAUCCACACUAGAGGGGAAGCAGGCGGAGGGGUAGCCGCCCACCUCCGCUGCUCCCACUGUGGCCACCUGUCCAAGAGCCACGCCCAGCAGCUGUCUCACCUGGCGGCGUCCCACCCCGCCUGCCUGGACGACGUGGCGGUGGGCCGCCUGGGCAACAUCCUGAUGUACCAGAGCAGUGCGCGGCUCUUCCACUGCUCGGAGUGCUUCCACACCAGCCGUGACUUCACCAAAGUCUACAAGCACAUCAUCUCCCGUCACUGCAUGGUGGAUAGGGAGGGGGGAGGAGGAGGAGGAGGCGAGGAGGGAGAAGAGGAGGCUCCUGAAGGGAAGGGAAGCGGAGAAGAGAAGGACGAGAAGAAUGAGUGUAAAAACAAGCUGAGCAUUAAGGUGGAGGUGAAGGAAGAGAAUGGAGAGAAGAAAGACCCGGAAGAAAACCAAAACAUUACGAGUCCGAAAAGGAGGAGGAGCCAUGAGGAAGAGGAGGAUGAGGAUGCUCCUGAAAGUAAAAAAAGCUGCGAGGAUGAUGGGAAGGAGGAAGAUGGAGAGAAAGAAGAAAAAGAGGGAGAGACGGGCGGCCCCGAAGGAGUGAGGAGCGGUGAAGGUGAUGAAGAGGAGGAGAAGCAGAGUGGGGCUCCUGCGGGAGUGACCCCCACAGAUGAAGAGAAGAAGUGCGUCCUGAUGUACGAUGGCGUCCUGUUCCACUGCAAGAUCUGCGGCUGGAGCCACAAGCAGAAGUCGGUCUCCGUCAGCCACAUCGUGCGCAAACACGAGAUCCCCAAAACCUACGCCACCCACGCCCUGACCAAGAGCCGGGAGGUGCAGCUGGGCGUGGCCGAGGAGGAGGAGGGGGCGGGGCUGAGCGACGAGCUGUUGAUGGAGGAGAAGAAGGCGACGGAAAAGUGGGUGGGCUUCGUCUCCCACCGCUUCGUCUGCCUGGUCUGCAACUGGAGGAGCAAACUGAAAGGGUUCGUCCUCACGCACCUGGAGCGCUACCACGACGUGGAGCGUCCCUACAGCUGCAAGGACUGCUCCCAAACCUUCUUCCUGCCCAGCCGGCUGCAGCAGCACGUCCGCACCGUCCACCGACCCGGACGCUACGCCUGCCCCUUCUGCUGCUUCCGCUCAGAGUACCUGGGAGGCUUCAGGAGGCACUGCAGCCGCUGCAAUGCCCGCGAAGGGGAGGUGGGCCAGCCGGCGGGAGGGGGAGGAAGAGGGGAGCUGGAGGAGAAGAUGGAGGAGGAGCAGGAGGACAGGAAGGAGACGAGGGGGACGAGAAGGCGCAGGAGCUUAGGGAUGCCGGUGGAAGAGGAAGAGCUGGAGGAUGAGGACGAUGAUUAACCAGUUUAACGGGACCUUUUUAAUUUUAACUGGAGAGCAGUAAAAUAUGAACAGAUCUUUGAAAAGAUUUUAUUGAACCCAAACAUAGAAAAAAUCUGCAAAAAAAAAAAAAACAGAGCUUUAUAGAAACCAGCAACCUUCAAACCCAAAAGUUCAUCAAAAUCAUCACGCUGGCCUCAUCUUACAUCCUACAACAUUUAUAUUUAAAAAAAAAAA